AUGAAUUCCUGGAUAUCUGUCUUUGUGCAAUCCCUGGUUUUCUGUACCACUGUCUCUGGGAUAUCUAGCAGACAGGAUCCCAUGGUCAAUGUGCAGCCAUCCGCUCAAGGGGUUACUUAUGAACUCAGCAAUGUCACAUACUUUGCAAACACCGAAUAUCCCAGGGCAAUUUUCAACUUGAACUACGACAGUGCUUCCCGGCUUGUGCCAGCGACAGUCAUUCUGUCGAAUCAGAGUGUGGUCACCGGUAGCUAUCUGAAGGCUACCCUUUCGAGUUACCUGACCUCAGACGAUGUCUUCUCGGUCGACUUCCUGCACGCAAUCUAUCUCACAUCCACUGUCUCAAAGACUAGAUUGGACUCAACAGCAGAGCAAUAUCUCAAAAGCCUCGGUGCGGCUCGUCUUUUAUUCAAUGCCAGCUCUUUCGAGCGUAUUCCGAGCAAUGGAUAUGCGUUGAAGGACGACCACGCCACAUCCCUCCCGCCAGGUCCGUUUACCAUCCUCAUCAACAAUGGGUCCAUCUCUUUUCUCGACACUUACUGGCUGUAUGAGGACAACUUUCGCACCUUUAUUGCUGGUGCAUAUCCCUCUAACAACGGCAUUGGUUCGUUUGCUGCGCUGCCUGCCAUGAAUCCACGCCUCUGGGGCCCACUGAUCCCUGUCCCCAGCCGAAUUCAUUCCUGGAAUGACAAUCGACCCCUAGCAGGUAAACGAGUCGCCGUGAAAGACCUUUUUGACAUCAAAGGCCUACAAACCUCAGCUGGAAGCCAGGCGUGGAUUCAAGUCACCCCGAUCGCCAAUUCGACUGCUCCUGCCAUUCAACGAUUGAUUGAUCUUGGAGCGGUGAUAGUCGGCAAGUUCAAGCUAGCUCAAUUUGCGUCGGGCGCAGAUCCGUGGGAUUGGACUGAUGAACAGGCCCCCUUUAACCCCCGGGGGGAUGGAUACCUGACCUGCUCGGCCUCAUCAUCUGGAGGGGGAUGUGGGAUCGCUGCAUACGACUGGCUUGACGCGGCAAUUGGGACAGAUACGGGCUCGUCGAUACGUCGUCCUGCUUCAGUAUCGGGGACUUUUGGCAACCGUCCUAGCCAGGGUAUGAUGUCGCUUGAUGGUGCUGUUCCCUUGAAUGCAGGGGAGGAUACUGUCGGGGUCUUCUCUCGCGAUCCUGUUGAAUGGGCCGAGUUUGCCAAAGCAUGGUACGCCCCAAGCCUGCAUCAAAAUCCCUCGAUCAAUAGUCUGCCCCCUCUAUCAGUACCGGACACAACAGCAUUUCCGAAGCGGAUCUUAUAUCCAGUGGAGUAUCUCCCUCUGGCAAAUCCAGCAGCGCAGGCCAUCCUCGAAAACUUUCUUCACCGCAUGGCAGGCGUAUUUAACAUGACGAUCGAGCGGACUAAUUUCACCACGACAGCCAGCAAUGCAUCCAUCUAUCCCCAGGUCGAUUGGGACCCUUUGGUCAACUGGAAUCUCUUAUACGACGCCGCGGCGACGCUACAGCUGUGGACCCAGUCCACCAAGGUCUAUGGACCCCUUAUCUCAACCUGGGCUGCGAGGAAUGAAGGUCGUUUUCCCCCUGUCGACCCGCAAUGGAGGCAAGCGUGGACUGGGUUUGAUGUCAGCCAUAUCAAUCAGACUGUGUUCGAGCAGGCCUUGCAGACAAAAGCCGCAGCUGUCAACUGGUUCCAGGAUGAGGUCUUGUACCAAACGUCCGACUCAUGCUCAGAGGCUCUGAUGAUCUGCGACGGAGGCACUGGAGGCUUGCCGAGUUUCCGUGAGGAGGAUUUGAACAAUAGCCCCAAUGCCAGCUUCAUGAAUGUGUUUCCAAAGCAUGCAGACGUGUCCUGCAGCGGUAUCUGCACUUUAUUCGGGUGUGUGGAUUUCACCAUUCCUCUCGGACAGGUUGACUAUUACUCGCCAGUGACCAUGGUGACGGAGCAGUGGCCGGUGACGAUCAAUAUCAUUGCUCGCCGGGGAUGCGACUUUAUGCUCUUCAACAUGAUCAAGAAGCUGGCGGAAGAAGGAGUGCUGCGAUCUGUCAAGACGGGAAGGACGGCUUUCUAG